GGCACAUAAAACUCUUCCGCCUUAAAUUAGCACCAUUUUUUUUCUUUUUGCAUUUUUUAACAAAUAACAUAUUUCUAAUUUAUAGCAUCCAGCACAGCAUCACGUGGAAAAAGUUGAAAUGAAGUGGUGUAAUUCAUGUGUUGUGCUUCCCAACCUUUAUCGAGCCUCGGCACGUAUUUGGCAUGACAUCCAUACCGGAAUAAUUGUUAUAAAUUGCAUUAAUUAUGAACCUUGUGCCAAGUGGAAGAGUAUUUAAUGCUAUACGUUGCUACUUGAAUAAUAAUUUACCGACCAAUUAAGUGUAAAUGGGUGUACCCCAGCACAGUGGUUGGGAAUUGCUAAUCGCUUACCUGAUGGCAUGUGCUGGCUUGCAGUGACCAUGCCGUGCGUCCAAACCCAGUGUGGCUCCUCGCCUCAAGGGGCCAGCACGGCGUCUCAGAAUGUGGGCGCCGGGGAGCGCAGCUGUGACUUCCUCACUCCCGAGUUUGUCAAGUUCAGCAUGGACCUCGCCAACAGUGAAACGUCAGCCUCGUCGUCGGGAGCGCCGCCCGGCACUUUGGCGGAGCCCUACGGCUGCAGCUACGACGUGAAGCCCCAGUGUGUCUUCCAAGGGGAGCUGCCUAACGUGAAGGUGGAGGACACGCGCCUGUGUCCGCGCUUUCAGCCUAAUCAGCACCUCCAGCAACAGGCGGAUCAUCUGCUCCCCUCCUAUUACUACCGUUCUUCAUCCCCGCGCCCGUCCAUCUCGUCCAGCUUCCAAACCCCUUGGGAGGACACCGGUGCUCUGUUCCGUCAAGACUACUUGCUGCGGAAAAACACCAGAUUUUCUUUGUUUUCCCUCAAGCACGCACAAGAAGGACAUCAGAGCUUGUCCACCUGCCAGGUGAAAUUUGACCGAGCUUUCGCAGCCGGAACGCACCAAGCACUGGACUCUCCCGGGCUUCUGUGCUGUGCUGGACUGGGAAAGCAGACCCGUGCGGGGCUUCACCCUUUCCAGCUGGCCCACAGUCACCACACCGUGGACGACAUCAGUCCUCUCGCCGCCGGUCGAGGACGAGCGGACUCGGAGGGACUGUGUGCGGUUUGCGGCGACAACGCAGCCUGCCAGCACUACGGAGUGCGCACCUGCGAAGGCUGCAAAGGAUUCUUCAAGCGCACAGUGCAGAAAAAUGCCAAAUAUGUCUGCUUGGCGGCCAAAACUUGCCCUGUGGAUAAACGAAGGAGGAACCGCUGCCAGUACUGCCGCUUCCAGAAAUGCCUUACAGUUGGAAUGGUCAAGGAAGUGGUGAGGACAGACAGUCUAAAAGGUCGCAGGGGCCGCCUGCCCUCGAAACCCAAAUCGCUUCCCGACUCGUCCUCGCCGGCCAGCACCCUGCUGAGCGCCCUCGUCAGGGCCCAUGUGGAGUCCAACCCGUCACGCCUCGAUUACUCCAAAUUCAAGGACGGUCCAGAGAGCCCUCUCGGGGACGACGCUCAGCACGUGCGGCAUUUUUACGACCUCUUGACCAGAUCCAUGGAGGUGCUUCGAGCAUGGGCGCUGAAGAUACCAGGCUUUGCGUCUCUACCUCGACACGACCAAGACCUCCUGUUUUACUCGUCCUUCUUGGAGCUCUUUGUGCUACGCCUGUCAUACAGAUCCAACCCAGAUGAAGGCAAGCUGGUGUUCUGUGACGGCUCCGUAUGGCACCGCCUUCAUUGCGUGCGGGGCUUUGGCGAGUGGAUUGACAGCAUCGUGGAGUUCUCCACCAAUCUACAGAGGAUGAACUUGGACGUCUCGACCUUCUCCUGCAUAUGUGCCCUUGCCCUGGUCACCGAGCGGCACGGAGUGAAGGAACCGAGGAAGGUGGAGGAGCUGCAGCGCAACAUCGUCAAGUGUUUGAAGGACGGCGGCACGGUGGCAGACAGAGACACAAACGCUUGGCCGAGCCAUUUGUUCAGGCUGGUGGAAAAGCUGCCGGAACUCCGCACUCUGUGUAUCCAAGGCCUGCAGAGGAUUUUUUAUUUAAAGCUGGAGGAUCUGGUGCCGCCGCCCGCAGUAAUAGAUAAGUUAUUCCUCGACACGUUGCCCUUUUGAAGACACGAGAGACCACGCACAAGGACACCGGUGGAGCUUUCUGCUGUGCGAUCUUUUCCCUUGGAGUCUCAUUUACCUCGAAAUGUUUUAAUGUGAGCGGUUUGAUCGGAGGGGCGGGGCUUCCUUCUUUCAUUUUUAUAGUCCAAUUUGAAUUUGUCAACGUGAAUCUCAUGUCUGGUGGAAGUGUUUAUUAUUGCUGAUCGUCUUAUCGUUGUCAUGUCUUAUGGAAUAAAUCACCGUAACGGCUGCUUGACUCCUUUGUCUUCUUAUCCGGUGCACGCACGCGCUGAAAUGCGCUCAACGCCACACGGAAGGAGCAAUCGGAAGGAUCCUAAAUCAAGACUGCUCAGAUGGAGC